AAUCUCUUCAUUUCCCAAGCUUCGCCCCAUACAGUUAACGAAUCGGCAAUGGCGUCCGAACUACUGGAAUUGGGCUAUUCAAGGUCUUGCUAUGUUCUGAAUGGUUGAUUGGAUUCCAAACUUAUUAUUUUGCCAAUCUGCCAAUAACGUUAAAUCCCAAAAGUCUUGAUGUGGGAAAUACCGGGGUAAAACGACCUCCUCGAGCUACUAGCAAAUGCCCACAAACGUGCGAGUGGGCACUUGGGAACCGGGAAUCGGGAAAAGAGGAUCAGUGUAGGUCAUGAUCAUCUAUACUUGACCUGGUGUCCAGACUUUGCGCAGCUCAAUCCACAUGUCGAAUCAAUUUCGAUAUCCAUCUACACCGAAAAUAAUUCAACAAUAGAACAAAUCAUCACUACUUGUCCUCCGACACACUCACAGCGAUUAUAACGUAGGACCAUUUGCGCCAUAUACGAUCUCGAAAGCUGGUUGGCACGCACGAAAAGUAAUCCCAUCGAAAAACGAAAAUUCGACAUUGACGAAUACGAAUCAGCGACUUGAAUUGAAGGCAGAGAUUGGAUCGCAGGAGGGGGGGAUACAUCACAAAUCGUGUUUGCUCGCCUCAUUGGGAAUACAAUUGCGCGCAACUCUCACCGAUCGGAAUAGUUGUACUUCAAUAUUAUUUUGGUACAUCAGAGGAUGGAAAUACGGAAAUUGUUACAUUCGACUUAAGAGUGGAAAAUGACUUAGGAAUCGAACUCGAGACGAACAAAUUUGAGACGAAAUAUAUAAACAUACAAUGUCAACAUCAAUAAAGCCUUUACAAUCGCGCAGUGAGCUGGUUUUUUGGGUCACUACCAUUACCUUUAUUAUUACGAGCAUAUUUGUUGUAGCGAGACUGGUUUCUAGAUUCGGAAUUUUGAGAAAGAGAACUGCGGAUGACUGGUUUAUCAUACUCUCUUGGAUCUUUGCAUUUGGCCUAACUUUUUCAAUUGAUUAUGCAACAAAUAAAGGCUUGGGAAAGCCCGAUCCUGAUAUUAAGGAAGAAUGGCGCCCUCACCUAAAAAAGGCCGAAUAUGCAUUUACAGUACUUUAUAAUCCAUGUUUGAUGGCGACAAAGACCUCAAUUCUCAUUUUCUACUUACGUUUAAGCCGAAAUACUCAAAAGCUCCUGAGGUGGGCUUCAUAUAUCACCCUACUCGUUACCGUUUUAGACGGUAUCGUCCUUACUUUUGUCAACGCAUUUCAGUGUAGCCCUGUUUCUGGUGCGUGGAGGACAGAUACGGAUGCGAAAUGUCUAUCGAUUAUCACCAUCUAUCUCGCAUCAGCUCCUGUGAAUAUCAUUACGGAUUUAGCCAUAUUGGUUCUGCCGAUUCCUGUUCUCACCGGAAUGAACCUUCCCCAAAGGCAAAAGGCGAUCUUGGUUUUCACUUUCUCCUUGGGAAUUUUUGUCACAAUUGUCGACGUUGUCAGAAUCUAUUAUCUACAACAAGCCUCGAAUGACUUUCAAACAUCCGUUUUGGCUCACUCGCAGCUCGGCGAAGGAGACGAUUUUGCCUACAAUGCCUCGCUUGCAUUUAUGUGGUCGGCUGUUGAGGUCAAUGUCGGGAUCGUAUGUGCUUGCAUUCCUACCUUGAAGCCACUUAUGAAAGUAAUACUACCGGCGAUGCUUGCGGACCGAGUAUCUGGAAGAACAGGAUCGCACACCCGCACAGCAGAUAACCUUGAGUCUGCGAGUCCACCGAUUGGUAGCCAAGGCCAAUUAGCCACGGUCGAUAAUCAUUUACCACCGAGAAACACCGCAUUGACAGACAGUCCUCUAUCACCAUUGUCAGAUAUCCACCCUGGAGGUUAUCGAGAAGACAUGGAGCAGCAAGAACUUAAUAUGGCAGAAUUCUUAACGGCUCCUUCAGCUAUUGCCUUGGAAACCUUACGACGAAAUUCUACAGCGCGUACAGCCAAUACCACUUACUUUGGAUUUGUCAAUAUGAGGGUACCAAAAUCAAUGAUGAAGACUCGUGGAAGAGAAGCUUUUAAAUAUUGCAUCAUGGUCACCAUUCUAUUUUUCCUUUGGGGUUUCUCGUACGGAUUACUCAAUAGAUUAAAUCGCGAAAUAGCAACACUAGCCAACUACUCCGAUGGCCAAACCAUAGGACUAUCUGCCGCUUAUUUUGGAGGUUAUGUCAUUGGAGCCCUAUCAAUAGGACAAUGGGUCUUGAGACAUAGUGGUUUCAAAGCCACAUUCAUUGCGGGACUUUGUAUCUACGGGACUGGUACAUUAAUGUUUUGGCCCUCCGCAGUUUUAACGUCAUACACGGGAUUCAUACUGUCCAGUAUUGUUGUUGGAUUUGGUUUAUCGAUUCUAGAGACCGCUGCAAAUCCAUUCCUGGCUCUAUGUGGACCAAUGCAAUAUGCUGAAUUUAGAUUGAUGCUUGCGCAAAGUAUACAAGCCGUCGCAUCACUUGUGAGUCAAACUUUGGCCGAGAAAGUUUUUUUCAACGGAGUACAAAUUGAGGGUACAAAACACUUGACUUUAAUCGAUGUUCAAUGGGCCUACCUCGCGAUUGCUCUCUUUACCGUCAUCCUCGCUCUGUUCUUCUAUUAUAUGCCUCUACCCGAAGCUAGUGAUGCCGACCUUCAAGCACAAGCGGAACUUUUCGAAAUAUAUCCAUCAAGAAAGUUACCUUGGACAGGCACAUCAAUUAUUUAUACGACUCUCGUCAUCGGUGUUAUUGCUCAACUCUGUUACGUUGCAGCACAGGAGUGUAUUUCAGAAUUCUUCAAACCAUUAUUAAUUUCAUUUGUUCCUAGAACGGGUAGUUUCAAAUCGUUCUUCACACUAAAUAACGAAGAAGAUUACCUACUUUUAGGUCAUGGACUCUUUGCCAUCGGUCGAUUCGUUUUUGCACCUCUCUGUUUAGUGGUCCCACCACGAAUUCUAUUGCUUAUUGCUUUAGUUUGCCUUACCAUAUUUUCAGCUUUUAUCUUCGCCAUCAACAAUAUAUCACAAUCUUUUCUUGCUGCAUCCUCUCUUUUAGUUUUUUUCUUUGAAGGUCCGAUUUUCCCACUGGUGUUUUCUUUGACCAUUCGCGGUAUGGGGAAACAUACAAAGUGGGCAUCAGCGUGUGUAGUAGCAUCAGCAACUGGAGGAAGUGUCUUUGUUUUUGUUCUUUUUGGUGUGCGGACAAUCCAUACUAUACAAUAUUCUUUUGUAAUUCCUUUUGUAUUAUUUUUAUUGGCACUUUUAUAUCCGGUGUAUUUGAAUUUUGGUGGUGAAGGUGUGAGGCAUCAAGUUGACUCGAAACCUGUGGUUAUGGGUGGAGUUUGGUCGAGCGGUGAAGAAAGUAGAGAAGCUGGACAGGAGUCAAGAGGCAAUGAAGAUGAUAGACCGGAUACGCCUCUUCGGAGGUUAAGUCGUAGAGUAUCUGUUUUAGUGCAGAAGAUGAGUCUUACCGGGAGAAAGUGUAGCACAGAAUUGCCCAUGGUAGAGCAUAGGGAAACGAGAGGGAGAAAGAACAGCAGUGAAUGAUUGGCUUGGGAAGUACAGGGUGAAUUUGGGCUUGGGGGAGGGUUUUUUCUUCUUCAAUCUGAAAUUAGCGGGCGUUCAGGAUAUCCGAGAGGAUCUAGUCCUAGGUAUCCAGCUUUCUGGGUAUGGGAGUCAAUGAAUGGAAAAUUUGGGCACGGCAGGAUCAAAAUACCCUCGAUUAUAAUCGGGAUAGCGCAGGCUAGGGGACUUACAAUCCAUACGUUACAGACAGCGUUUUGGGUCAAGAGAUAUUCCUUCUUAUUUGGGGUUAUUUCCCAUCACAGGAGUUACGAAUUCAUCCAUGUAUCAAUAGUUAUAUGUAUUAUUAUUAAUGAAAGACGAAUACCAUCUUAUGAUUGAUUGAU